AUGGCGUUGGAAACCCUCACGGCAGAGCUGAGGAUCCUCAUCCUGAAGUCUAUGCCUGAUGUUCAAACCCUCCACGAUCUUAUCCGAGUUUCUGCGACAUACCGGAACACCUACCAUCUCUCCCAAAAGAGCAUUCUCGAUCGCCUGGUUCGAGAACACUAUGGCGCAGUCGGCCUGGAAGAACCUAUCAUGGCCAUUCAGUCUGCCGGUCUUCAUGCUGAGAACUCAGCCGACAAACAGAGAAUCAUCGAGGUUCUCGAUCGCCAGCGCAUCUCCAGCUCAGUCCCCAGCAAGCUGGAUCCCUCCGCCAGUAUCGACCUUCUUCACCUUCAUCAAACCUUCCAGACAAUACUAGACACCUUUAGCUCGCAUGCGACACGUUCUAGCCCAAGCGAACCCCUUCGACAGCAGCACACCGCUCCCUUGCGACUCUCACCGACGGAAAAGGCACGGAUAUUGCGAGCGCUGUGCCGGUUACAAACAUACUGCAACGUCUUUGGCGCACGAGAGUGGACGGAGCCGGCCAGUGAGCAGUCAGUCCCGGCAAUGUCCAAGAGGACGUCUUCGACCUGGUACAAGAACUUUACUAUCAAUGAGAUGUGGCGGCUCUGUUUUAGCUCGAUGGCACCUUGGCAGGUGGAGGAGUUUGGUUCGGUCUGGGUUCUCAUGCGGAAUGAGUACAAGCGGAUGUUCGACGAAAUCCAGCAGGAGUUUCCUCGAACAGAUAGUCGGUGGAGGGCGCUGAGACCAGCUUCAUUACCGACCGAUCCGUGGGAGCUAUAUCCCAGUUCUUCCGACGAUGUAAACGAUUAUAGCAUCUACUUCAAUCAUCUCGUCCUCUUGGGCCCUGCAUUUCUACACAAGGUUCUCUCCCAGAAGAGCCGGGAAGAUCGCUGGCGAUUGUUGGCAUGCAACUCGAUAUCCUCCAAAUCCUCUUUUAUGGACACAGUACGGGUUGUUCGGAAUCCCUCGCCUCAACUGUGGUCCGCAGACAAAUGUAUGAACGAUGACAUUCUGCAAGGGCUGCGGAGGAUGCCGGCCAUCGACCAGCCCAACCCUGGUUGGAAGCAGCACUGGUACGGUCAGGAUAUGGCCGAUUGUGCGAUCUUCACUCCCAGAUCGAGCGUUCACGAGUCCGAGGAUGCUCAAUUACGGACGUUCGGGCACUGCGCUGGUUGGGAAUGGGGCUACGCACUGUGGGACGCUGCGGGCUGUGCCUGA